GUCCUGGCCCGCGCCCGCUGUGCACCGCCGCCCGCUCCCUCAACCCUGCCGCCAGGGACCAACACGUGACCCCGGCCGGCUCGGCUCAGGACGCCGCCGUGCACCCGGGCGCGCCGACGUCUUCGUCGCCGCCGUCGUCGUCGUCGUCGUCGAGUGCGUGAGGUGCCGGAGGUCGUGCUGUCGUGCCGGCCGCGGACGGGACGCUCGAGGUUGCCGCCGAGGGCCUGCAGGCAGGCCACGUGGCGGCCGCUCAGCGGGGACGACGGCGCCCAGCCCCGGGACUAGCAAGGACGCCGACAACGCCGCCGCCACGACUCACUCGGCGCCCGCCAGCCCCUUCCGAGCGGCGACGCGCUACAGCCUCAACCUUCGCAAGUCGGGCCGCGCGCAGCAGGCGCCGGCGACCGGCUCCGCGUUGCGCCGCCAGUCGCUGGUCGACCUCCGCGAGGACGAUGAGGUGCCGGUGACCCCACGGUCCGACCUACGUGCCGGCGGCCGUAGGCGACCCCAGCGGACGGCCUCCGUGGCGGGGCCCGGGGCGGGCUCGGGGACGGCGCCGGGCUCGCCCUUCUGGUCGCAGUCCGCCAACACCUCCCCCUGCCCCACCGCGCCCUCCACGCCCUCCGGCGGUGGCAGCAGGCUCAUGAAGGGCCGACACCAGUUCAAGCGCCGCUUCUCCCUGCAGCCCUCUUUCCUCAAGGAUGACGGCCUGGACGACAGCCCCCGGCACGGCCACGGCAGAAGUAGCGGCAAUUCCCACCAUGCGGACGACGGCGAGGGCGAGGUGCCGGGCGUGGGCGGCGCCAAGGUCCGGCACAAGGUGGUCGUCCUGGGCGCCGCCAAGACGGGCAAGUCCUCGCUCAUCGCCCAGUUCCUCUACAACACCUUCUCGCCCAAGUACAAGCGCACCGUGGAGGAGAUGCACCACGGCGAGUUCAGCGUCGGCGGGGUGAACCUGACGCUCGACAUCCUGGACACGGCGGGCUCGUACGAGUUCCCGGCCAUGCGCGCGCUCUGCAUGAAGUCGGCCGACGCCAUCGUGCUGGUGUACGACGUGACGGACGCCGACACCUUCGAGGAGGUCCGCAGCACCCGGGACCAGGUGCUGGAGGCCAAGGGGGGCGAGUGCCCUAUCGUGGUGGUGGGGAACAAGAUCGACCUCCUGGAGAACAAGGAGCGGCAGGUUGACCUGCAGACCACAGAGACGGUGGUCACGGUAGACUGGGAGAACGGCUUCGUCGAGGCAUCCGCCAAGGACGGCACCAACGUCACGCAGGUGUUCAAGGAGCUGCUGUCGCAGGCCAAAGUCAAGUACAACCUGAGCCCGGCGAUGCGCCGGCGGCGCCAGUCGCUGCCGCCUCACCCAGCCCCGGGCAUGGCCCCCGCCAUCCCCUCGCCCGCCCAGCUGCAACACCUGCAGCAGCUGCAGGAGAGGCACGCCGGUGGCAAGCGGAACAGCUGCGUCAUCUCAUAAGAAGUGGCCGUAAAAGAAAAUCGAAGAUUCCUUUCGUUUCUUUUCGGUUGUCCUUAUAUUUUCUAUCUCGUCUUCGUCUGUCCUGUACUUUAUUAUUUUGUGUUGUUAAGAAGAAGAGGGAAAUUGUUUGCUUAGGAAUUUAAAGUGGAUCUGUGGUAAAAUGUUUGAAAUGUUUUUAAACUGCUGUUAAUUUUUUUUCCCAUUGUUUUUGAAAACCUUAAUUUUCUGAACGAAAUUAGCAUGUUUGUAUUUCAUGUUUGGGGCGAAUGUUUGUGAUGUCUCAAUUUAUUUCUUGGUCGCCGUGUGUAGUCUUCGGUUUCCACUAGACCUUCAAAAUGGACGUGUCAAUUUCUUUCAGGCUUGUUCGUGUUCGAAAAAAUAUCUAUCGGUUCUUAUGCGAAUGGCUGUGAAUGCAAACCAGUCGUAGUAGUUACAGCUCCCAGAAGCAUAUUUUGGAUUAGCUACCAUUAGAGUAGUAGUUCAUGGAUGACCUCUUUCCGUGUACCCUAGCUACGCGUACUAAUGAGACAACCCAAAACAAUCAGCUUUCUCAAAGUUUCUGCACUUUUCUUUUUGAUUGCCGCUCUGCAUGAGCUUAGACUUUCAAUUGUGGAAUACGUAUCUUUUUGACCAAACAUCGACCGAGUCUUAAAGUUUUUAGCCCGCUCUUUGCUUUUAUUUUUUAUCAGAGUAGUCUAAAACGAUUCCAUAUUACUCCUAUUCCGAAUUCGUACGAGUUCAAGGGUAGUAACCCAGUCCAACAAUAGUAGGAUAAACCUUGCGCAGAUGAAUAUUUUGUAGAUAAGCUGGUAAACGUAUCUACUCUACCGUCAAGGUUAAAGUAAAGGGACACGAAUAAAAUUAUAAUUAAUGUUGUCAGUCCUUCGUUUCGGCAGGUUUGUUGACCUGUGUCUGUUCAAGCGGGAAUACAAGCUACCUUUCAGCCUUCAAGAUUUUGAAAAAAAAAAAAAACAUAAAAGAGAUGCAAUGAUAGAAUAAAUCUUCAAAUUUUGGAUUAGGCUGAUUUCUUAUUCCUUUUUUUUUUUUUUUUCAAAUUAUAGUAGAGAUAGAAAUUAAUUAUUUUAAAACUUUAUAUAUGUGUGGGGUCUUAAAAACAUUAUAUAUUUCUUGACAUUUCCUUGAGAAUAUUCUGUCGUAGUGCUUAUUUGUACAGGGUGAUUGGAUUCAACCUCUGAUUUCCAGCAGUACUAGUAAAGUACCAUUCAAAAUACAAUGGUUACUACGAGCCGAUGUGAAACCUCUAUAUACGCACACGCGUGGAGUGACUGAACCUGUUUCGGAACAGCACCUACUUUGGAUUUCAAAAUAAAAAUCGGAAAACCAUAGGUGAAAGUGCCAUUAAUAUCGAGAGGGUGAGGUGAGAGGGUACAAUGUAACGUUUGCAGAACUUUCAUGAGGAGGCACAAAAAGUAAAUUUAAAAAUCUGAUCCGCUAUAGGUUUAAUGACUCUACUCCAUUUUUGCUACUUUAGUUUUUGAUGUUCUGUAUUCUUCUAUGGGUGGAUGGGGGAUUUACGGUAUGGUGUCUCGGCGUUCCCAGUAUUGAGGAUCGCCCAGAAAGUACGUCCGUCAUGCACCGUUACGAACCUGCCAAUAAGUUCUGCACCUAGAGCUCUCGUAGCGCCUGAUAGGUAGGCAACAUCUUGGCUGCAGUGCAUGCGUGUAUUGCGGGGUGGCCCACCCUGACUCUCACAGGCGGCAAGCCCCCGCCAUUAACCGAAUGAAUCGGAGGAAGAAACGGGCAUUCUUCCUGGACGAUUCCUUAACCGACGCAAUUCGUUCAGUUCACUAGAUCCCUUAAGCCAAAAAUUUACGACAAGUUCAGUUUGCACGCCAAUUAUGUCUCCUUACAAGCGGCCUGCGGCUUCAGUUUGUAGCAGAUUAUGGCCAGCACACGCAAAAACAAAAAAAAAGAAAAAAAAAAGCUAAGAAAGCCAAGCUGUAUCAGCUACAUUCGUGAUAGGUAGUAAUAUUAGGCCAGCUAACUUUCUAGUUCUAAGGUCGUGCCCGUAGUGGCCGUUCAGUAUACUUAUAUGAUGGCGAAACAGUUAGCUGCUACAGCUAAUUUUACUACCUAUCACGUAUCCAGCUAAUCUUAUUUUUUCUUUGCGUGCAAGUGAGAACCUGGUCGGUCGCGUUAGGACAUGAGGCUGACGCGCCCCUCCCGUCGCGCAAGUGCGGCUUCACAGAGCUGAGCCGUUUUGGCCGGCGCGCGCCAGUAAUUCCUCUAUCAGAGCGACGCCACUGGCCGGUCGACCCGGACGGCCGGUCGGCCUGGCCGGCAGCCCCGUCGGCUUUGUUGGCUUGCGGGUAGGCCGAGUGUGGGACCCGGUCUCUGGCAGGCCGCUGCCGCGUGCGUGGAUUACCGUAGGGGAAGUCCCCUCCCCGCCCCACCCCGACACCCGUGCCGCCGAGUCCUCUCCACCUCCCCUCCGCCCCCAGCACUGGCCCGCUAACGACAGAUAAAUAAUAGUGACCGUGCCAAAGCGGUUUAGGGGCUGUUCAGAAAUCACGUGGGCUUUUAGGAGGGUGGGGGGGGGGUAAAUAUUAUGGGACCCCAAAGGUUAUCAGGGCGGUCAUUGGAGUUCAUGAGAAGGAGACCCCAUCCCCAUGAUUGUUGUGUAGCCCACAUGUUUUCUUUCUGAACGGUCCCUGAGGGGAGCGCGGAGUAUGCGAUUCCCAGUCUCGACAAUAUCGCCGGUCAGUCGGAAGCAAAUUACUAUCACCAAAGAUUUUCCCCGAAACAAAACUAACAGUAGUCUAAACGGGCAACAUUACCAGCGGCGGUGCUUUGCAAAGACUGUGAACGCACUAAAUGUAAUAAAAAUUAUAAGAAUAAGAACUACUUGUAGCAGAGAAAUGAUAAUAAUUGCGUAUGGUCGGUGCCGAACCAGAAGUGCGGCAGAAAACAAAAUUGAAAAUCAAAAUAUAGAGUAAGGCGUCUUGUACGAGAAGAGUCUGUCUCUCUCUCUAUCUAUCUCUAUCUCCGUGUUUAUUGAGAUUGCGCUCGUCGAUACACACAGUAAAAAUGAAUAAAGAGUUGGUGGACUGGCGAA